UUUAUAAUUAAAUUCAUUUAUGUAGAAAAUUACAUUUUUGCUUUCUGUUUACUAAGAUGUUCCCUUAUAUUUUAUAUGUGACUUUACUAUAGCUUUCCAUUGUUGAUAAUGCUGGUAUUCAGAGAUUUUAAAUAGCAGACAAGAGCAAAACAAAAAAACACAUUAAAGUCCAUACUAGCAUGCUUACAAAAUUCAUGGAAAAUGGAAUUGAAACACAAGUUUGUUUUGGAGCAAAAAAUGUACAAAUCCAUGUUUUUUCAUAAUAAGCAUUUUCCAUGAAUUUUUGAAGUCUCUACCUAUAAUGAAAUUUAAAUCCAGCAAUCAUCUUAUCAUAAUUGCAAAAAUCACAAAACAAAACCCCUAGUGGUGGUAGAUAGUAUCUUUUGAAUGAACUAUCUUGAUAUUAAAAUAAAUCCAUUGCUCCAAUUAUCUUCCUCCCAAUGUACUAAUGUCUUGGUCCAUUUUGCUAGGUAAAUAUGCCAUUGUGACAUCAGCAAGCCUAAUGCACUCAGAGGCUUGCAUAGUGUUUGUGUGUGGGGGCGUGGAUCUAAAAUCACACUGUGAAGAAGUCCAGUCUGGACUAAUGAAGGAGAAGAGGCCACAUGGAGGAAAGAGCAUGGCAGGGGACAUCUCUGGGUCCAGCCUACAACACUCGGGAGUUUGGCCGUUGGAAAGUAAAUAACCUGGCGGUGGAGAGAAGACAUUUCCUGGGCUCCCCUCUGCCUCUCGCCCCUGAAUUCUUCCGCAACAUCAGGCUCCUGGGACGCCGGCCCACCCUGCAGCAAGUCACAGAAAACCUCAUCAAGAAGUAUGGGACGCAUUUCCUGCUGUCUGCCACUCUGGGAGGAGAGGAGUCACUCACAAUUUUUGUGGACAAGCGGAAGCUGAGCAGACGAUCUGAAGGGAGCGACCCCGGCACCAACAGCUCCUCGGUCACUCUGGAGACGCUGCAUCAGCUGGCUGCUUCCUACUUCAUUGACAGGGACAGCACCCUCCGGAGACUGCACCACAUCCAAAUCGCGUCCACUGCCAUAAAGGUAACAGAAACACGGACCGGUCCUCUCGGCUGCAGUAACUAUGACAACCUAGAUUCUGUCAGUUCUGUUUUGGUUCAGAGUCCUGAGAAUAAGAUUCAGUUACAAGGGCUUCAAGUUCUCCUUCCGGACUAUCUCCAGGAGCGCUUUGUACAAGCAGCUCUGAGCUACAUCGCUUGCAAUUCGGAAGGAGAGUUUAUCUGCAAGGACAAUGACUGCUGGUGUCAGUGUGGUCCCAAGUUCCCAGAAUGCAACUGCCCCUCCAUGGACAUCCAAGCCAUGGAAGAGAAUCUUCUUCGAAUAACUGAAACCUGGAAAGUCUACAACAGCGACUUUGAGGAGUCAGAUGAAUUCAAGUUCUUUAUGAAAAGGCUACCUGUGAAUUACUUCCUGAACACAUCCACUCUAAUGCAUUUGUGGACAAUGGAUUCUAAUUUUCAGCGCCGUUAUGAACAACUGGAGAACAGCAUGAAACAACUGUUCCUAAAGGCACAGAAGAUUGUCCACAAGCUCUUUAGCCUUAGCAAGAGGUGUCAUAAACAGCCGCUCAUCAGCCUGCCAAGACAAAGAACCUCAACCUACUGGCUCACUCGCAUCCAGUCCUUCCUCUACUGCAACGAGAACGGCCUCCUGGGCAGCUUUUCGGAAGAGACCCACUCCUGCACCUGUCCCAACGACCAGGUGGUCUGCACCGCGUUCCUGCCCUGCACGGUGGGCGACGCCUCCGCCUGCCUGACCUGCGCCCCCGACAACCGCACGCGCUGCGGCACCUGCAACACCGGCUACAUGCUCAGCCAGGGCCUGUGCAAGCCCGAAGUCGCCGAGUCCACCGACCACUACAUCGGGUUUGAGACGGACCUGCAAGACCUGGAGAUGAAGUACCUGCUGCAGAAGACAGACCGACGGAUAGAAGUCCACGCCAUCUUCAUCAGCAACGACAUGCGCCUCAACAGCUGGUUCGACCCUUCCUGGCGGAAGCGGAUGCUGCUCACCUUGAAGAGCAACAAGUACAAGUCGAGUCUGGUCCAUAUGAUCCUGGGCCUCUCCCUGCAGAUCUGCCUGACGAAGAACAGCACUUUGGAGCCAGUGCUGGCUGUUUACAUCAAUCCCUUCGGGGGCAGCCACUCGGAGAGCUGGUUUAUGCCUGUGAGUGAAAACAGCUUCCCCGACUGGGAGCGGACUAAGCUGGACCUGCCCCUGCAGUGCUACAACUGGACCCUGACUCUGGGGAACAAGUGGAAGACGUUCUUUGAGACGGUGCACAUCUACCUGCGGAGUCGCAUCAAGUCCAACGGCCCCAACGGCAACGAGAGCAUUUAUUACGAGCCCCUGGAGUUUAUUGAUCCCUCCCGGAACCUGGGCUACAUGAAAAUCAACAACAUUCAAGUGUUUGGCUACAGCAUGCACUUUGACCCUGAAGCCAUUCGGGACCUGAUUCUGCAGCUGGACUACCCGUAUACUCAGGGAUCCCAGGACUCGGCACUUUUGCAGCUCCUGGAGAUCAGAGACCGUGUAAAUAAGCUGUCCCCGCCGGGCCAGCGGCGUCUAGACCUGUUCUCUUGCUUGCUUCGUCAUAGACUCAAGCUGUCUACCAGUGAGGUGGUGAGGAUCCAGUCCGCUCUGCAGGCGUUUAAUGCCAAAUUGCCAAACACCAUGGAUUACGACACGACCAAAUUAUGUAGUUAACCGUCAAUGUCAAGCACAACCCAAAACCUUGAAGGAGUUUUUACAGUGCUUUUGUGGAACAGUUUAUGUUUGGAAGAGUAAAUUUAAAUUGUCUUUUCAAUAUCUGUCUUAUAUCCGUCGAUAACAUUGGAUGGCAAUUUACACACAUGAACUUGCUGACAAUGAAUAUAUUAUACUGCAGUUUUGGUUUAUGAAUGAAAUAAAUACUGACACCAGUCUAGAAGACAUUCUACUUUUUACAAUAAAUUUCGUUUGUAAUUUUAUAUGUUCCGUGGCGAUGCUUUUGUGCAUUACAUCCUAGAGGGAACAUAAAAAGAUACCAAUAAAAUUUUGUAGCUGAACAGUUAUUAAAAAGAAGUGCUGUGGGAUUCCUUUUUUUCCAUGAAAUGAGUUCUAUUUUGAUAUAGUUUGUUAGAACCUAGGGAAAAUUCACCAAGGUUUUUUAAUGGAAACAUUUGAAGUCCCCUUUCAAUUAUCUUCAUGGAAAAAUCCAUCUAGGUAGAGCACUUUGUCUGUGGUUGCGUUUUUGUGGUAAACAGCAUAAAAGUGGCAGUGGCAUAUUUAUUACCUGUAUUUAGUACCCAACCAUAGAGACAUGUUCGUUAUUAAAAUGAUCAGAUAAACUAAUUUCCAACUAAAUGCCAGAACAUAUCAGAACAUCCAGAAAAAUCCAUGUGGUGGUAAAGUGUGUCACAGAGAAAGAAAACCCUUAAUUUUCUUAGCAACUUGCCUUGGCAUUCUUUCUGCAUUCUAAUAACCAAUUAUCAACAUAUGUUCCAUAGCUAUUUUCAUUUCAAGUCCUGAAAACCUCGUUAUUCCCUCAUUUUACCAAAGUCAACACUAUAACACUUCUAGAAUUCACAAAUUAUAAUGCAAUAGUAUAAAAUAAAUGCUCAAAUAACUAGUUCAAAUGUAAAUAGACCUUUUCACUCUAGAAACUGCUACUAAAAGGUAUUUUGAAGAGAAAAUUCUUUCAAUAUGAACCAAUUUAACUUCAAACGUCUCAUUUGAAAGUUGAAUUUACAUAUUACCUAUGGUGUAAUAAUAGAUACAUAAUACUCUUUUUUUCUAUAAACAUAAAUUUCAUUGUUGCUUAGUUCUGUGGUUGUAUCUGUAAAACAUGUUUAUGUCAUUUGAACUUCAACUCUUGUCUAAAUAUUUUCUAUAUUGUACGUAUUAUCUAAAUAUUAUUUAACCAAAUGCACUGCCCAGCACUCCUGUGGAGAUCAUAAAGCCAUGUUUCAGGGCACAGAGAAAGGAACACGAGACGUAGAUAGGAAAAUAAGGAAGUAUUAAAAAUCAUUGCACAGAACUUCUGCAUUCUAAGACUGUAGGUACUCAAUUCCAACGCAUUUUAGGAAUAACUACACAGUUCAGAUACAGCAUAUUUCUCUUGUUUUCUAUAAGCAAAGCAUUGUCCUAAAUUUCUACCUUUAGUUAUCCGAUUAUUUAAACUUUACUUCUUGCCAUUGGAGGUGAUUCAAUAGAAAAACAUAGAGAAAUAUUAAACACCCAUCACCUUUCUGGCUACAUUAUAAAUAUUCUUUUCACUUAAUUCUUAUUAGAACACCUUGUUAUGGAUUAUCAUUCCCAUUCUCUCAGUGGAAAUAAAAAACAUAAAUUCUGAAUGAAUUAUCAAAUUUCGUAAGAUCACAAACCAAGAAAUUGAAAGACCAAGAUUCCAGUACAGAUUAUUCUGGAAUGAAUCUCCAUCCCUUACUGGGCUUUAAAUGAGCCAUUCUAUUUCUGUAUUAAAUUUCAUUGCACUCAAAGGCUUAUGCUGAAAUGAAAUCAGCUAACAUUACAAAACACGUGUACCCCACAGUAUACCUGAAAAAUUAAAGAAAACCAGCAUUCUUCAUCCAUGAUCAGUCAUCUGCAGUAACCACAUUACCCAAACAGAUAGUGUGCAUUGAAGGACUUUUGUGCUGGGAAGUCAGAGAUGCAUCCCAGAAGUCUCGGAAGCCCAGCUGUCCACAGCCACUUACACCAAAAGCUUCCGAGCAGCAUGCAAAAAUCCCACUGGGCUUUGGAAAACUGACAGCAGUGAUUCUUCUGUUAAUGCACAGCUCGCUCUGCCCUGGGCCAGCAUAUGGGCGGAAAUAUCCUACUGCCACAGGUAAGAAACGCUUAACUAGGAUUUUACCUGGGUCUUCUUGUGCCCGGCAGAUGUUGACACAAAAGUCCUACUGGGUAGAAUAAAACGAUCUGGUAGUACCUGCUGAUGAGUCUUCUGUGUGUCUGGUUUCCCCUGGAAGUAAAGAAAGAAGUGCACCUUCCUCAGAACGUUGUCUGAGAUGACAUGAAUAUGAUAUAUGCAAAUGCGCUAGGCAAAUUCUAAAGUUUUAUACAGAUUUAAGGGAUAAAUGAUCAAUGCACAAACAUUUUUAUGUUUCUCCUUAUCCCAUGUUAUUGGCUACUCGGCAAUGUCCAGAAAGAAAUAGACAACAUAAUAGUCAAGUGAAUAAAAAAUAUGGAAACAUAUAGCACAUGAACAUUUUUCCUGGAGUGACUCUAUGCAAACUUUUUUGCUCACUGUUAUUUUAGGCAUUUGGGAAUUCAUAAUGAAAAUAACUCUGCUGUAAAUACAUUUUUUAGAGCAAAAGAUAAUGUGAGUAUAUGGAAUCACACUUUAAACAUAAGGUGCAUUGUUCUUUUUUGAUAUUAGUUUCUUUAUAUUCAUAAUUCAUGAUUCUGAAUUCAUCUGAAACCUAGAAAGCCAACAGAUCUUGAAAUUUCAGCAAUAGAAAAUUUCAAAUAUCACAUGUUCUCCCGUAUACAUAAGGGCUGAGAAAUCAAUUUGAACACAAAACAUCGAUUACAGCAGGUUAGAAAGUUGGUAGAAUGAAAAACAAAAUAGACAAUCUAUUGAAAAUACAUUUUCUCCAGGUAUAUCUCUUACUGCUCCAGGAUUCUGCUGAAUAUCUUCAUUUCACCUCAAGUUGAUUUUUAAUGUCAGUAUCCAGAUUAUCAUUUCAGCUCAGAAAGAAUGCUAAAACACCUGGCGACCCUAAAUGUACUUACACAUUGAAAGGUGGUACACGGCUGAGUUUCCAUCUGAUUGUAAGUACAGUAUUUGGACUGAGGAGUAGAGUGCAAUGAGCUGAAUUUUUACCAAUUGAGAGUUUACCUUUCAGCAUAUUCGAUCAUUGUGCUGAACACUCUCCCCUCCACUUACAUCAGAUUUAUAUUUCCAUAUGCAGGCUUCCUUUAUCUGAUAUUUUCAAGAAGUAUAAUUCAAUCACUCCAUAAUAAUUUCAAUAUUUAGUAAAUGCAACUUAGCGGGAAAUUUUUACAAAUGUCUCCAUUUCUUUUAUAUGAAAGCAACAUUAGCUAUUUUAAUGAACUAUGAAUGGAUGAUGAAUUAGAAUAUCCAUGUCAAAUCAGUUGAUAUUUAGGACAUGGCAGUCAAAUGCGGUAAAUUAGUACAUGAAAUUCGAACUGAAGCAGAAUCUUCAGUCUUGAAUUUAUCUCCUGUGCUAGUAAUCAGUUUAACCAAUAAAUGACUACAGUACUAUUUAUCUUAUUAUUAUACAAUAUGGCUAUCAUAUGAUAAAUAUGGGAUGCGAUAUUUGAUUAAAUAUACAUGGACUACUUAAUGUGAGUAAGGUCUUGUUCUGGAGGUAAAUAUGAGAAUGUUUACGUGGCAGGUUUCUGAAUAAUCUACCCUUCCAAAUCACAUUAUUAUACAAAUAAGAAUCCUGCAAGAGCUAUCAAAAGUGCAAGAAUGAGUGAACAAAUGGAAAAUAAGGCCUGUAAAAAUGAUUUGUAAUAAUAAUAAAGAACAUAACCUCAAAAUGUCAACUAUAAUACCCAAAAUGCAUCUACCACAAAAACUAAGAUCAAAAUUCCAUUGCUUUCCAAAGAAGUAUGUAAAAGUUACAUUCUACAGUCUUGAUUUUUGAAACAGUUUUGUUUGCCUAUUUGCUGUAGGUUGGACAGUAUUUUUAAAAAUACUUCAUUUCAAAUUAUUAAAACAGGAGAAAUAAGCAAAAACCUUAUCUAUAGAAUCAAGAUAGCAUUAAUGGAAAAAAUGCUUAGUGUUUUGGAGUCCUGCAAAAUUCAAAUAAAACUAUUAUUAAAAUGAGACUAAUAAAUGUUUCUUUAUAUACUACUAGCAAUAAGUUUUAAUGGAAAUAAAAAGCUCUCAAUUUUCAUAGCAAAAAAAUUUAGACUCAGUUCUAUUAUAGUGUGAUAUUUUUCCCAUCCUAAAAUGGAAUACCCUUAAUACAAAAAAAGGAACCAUAAAAUAAAGUACAAUGAAAUUAGCUAAAAUGCAUAAUAAAUAAACUUGAAGUUUUUUUUGUUUUUGUUGUUGUUGUUGUUUGUUGGUUUUUUUUUGUUUUGUUUUGUUUUUUUUUUAUGAGUGUUUGGCCUCUCAGACAUUGGUUAAGAUGCCCAGGUUGCAUAUUGCAAUGUCUGGGUUCCAUACCCACCAACAGCUUCUCAUUCCAAAUUCUGGAAAUGCAGACCUGGGAGGCAACAGUGAUGGAUGAAGCAUUCAGGGUCCUGCUAUUUACAUGGGAGACCCGGAUUGAGUUCUCAAUUCCCAGUUUUUGGUCACCCCAGCCCUAGUCAUUAUGGGCAUUCAGGGAGUGAACCAAGAGAGGGAAGAUUUCUCUUUCUGUCUCUCUUUCUCUUUCUCUCUCUCUCUCUCUCAUUAAUAAAUAGCAAAUAAAAAUAAAAUAUUAAAAAGAACAUUAUUAUGAAAAACAAAACUGACAGUCUUAGAAGUACACAUUAUAUUACUAGAAGAUAAGUAUAGUUCAUCCAGGUUGGAUUACUUGAUUUUCUGUUUUGAAAAGGGGAUUUGAAAAAGUUUAUAUUUUAAAGCAAACACAAGAAACAAAAUAGAUUCUAGUGGCUUAGGAAGUUAACACCCUUAUUUUCUACAGGAAGGAAGUGAUCAAGAGAAAUAUAAUGUAACUCAUAAACACAAGCCACAUAUGUAACUUCAAAUUUUCUCACAGUCACAUUUUUUACAAAGUCCUUUUUAAUCUAUUUUAAUUAAACCAGUAUAUCUGCUAUUAUAAUCUUAAGUAUAUUCAAAGUGAAACAUUAAUAGAAUUAUUUUACAUAUAUUUUGGGCGAAGUUAUUGAAAUACAGUACAUUUUACAUUUGUCCCCUUCUGAAUUUGGAUAGCCACAUUUCAAGUGCUCAGGAUUCAGGUGUUUGACUUUGAAUCCAGAGGGUCUGACUCUUGUCUUGCUCUUCCUGUCCCACCUGAGCAGAUUCAUCUACGCAAUGACUUUUUCUGGGUGGGAGACUGUCCUGACGUCUUGACUCAAUUUUGCUAUUCACACUUUAUGCUUUUGUUUAUCUGCUGUCAUUAUCUUUAUUACAAAUUUAAAUAUCUAAGAACCCUUCUUCUCAUGUCCUUUAUACAUGAUGGCUGGAACCCAGGUGUUUCACUUAGCGAAAUUGUGUUGGUUUCAACUUUAUUCCUCCCACCACUAUCUAACUCAUCAUCCUCCCUCAGUUGAAGGUUGGUAAUGGGCUCUGCUUUUCAAUUUCUACUUAUUUUUUGGGCCCUGAUGAUUGCUUUUGCGUUGGUACUGUUUAGCUUGGCUUGAAAGGAUAGUUACCUAUUUAAUCUACCAGUUUUAAAUGUUUAUUAUGGAACUUUUUAAAUACUGAAGCUACUGUGUUAGUGAAAAAUCUAUAGUUUAUCUUUUUCAUCUAAUUCUCCUUGAUACUUUUCCAAUCCAUCCUCUACUAGAGGUCACUAGAGUGACCAUUGAGAAUAUAAGCCUUUUAUAUAUACAUCUUCUAUAAAUCUCUCUAUUGAAUAGGGAUUUAAUUUGUUAAUGGGCAUGUAAGUCUUUCUUAAUGCAACCUUUGACUAUUACUCUAUUCUCUUCUCCCACUGCAUUUAUUUCACUUUGGAAUAAGUCCUUCUAUAUAAAAGUAGAAAACAUACUUUUCGUGACUCUGAAUUUUUUUCUUGUGCAAAAAACAUAUUUCCUGUCUGAAAUAUUUCUCUACCCUCCACACUUGAUUUUCUCUCCAAAAUACUGCUGAUACUACUACUAUGCUACUAGUACUACUGCUGCUGCUACCACUGCAACACUUCUGCUAACUGUUAUCAAUGAGUCAAAUAAAAUUUAGCUUUCUUUGAAUUUAUUCUUUAUCGUCUCAUUAGUAAAAUGUACCAUUCCCUUAUAUACUCCGAUUGCAGCCGGGUGAAAAUAUGACUAAGGCUAUUUGGUAUUUUACUGUAUUGAAUUACUUAUACAGAAGUACUUACUAGAUACCAGUUUCUAAAAGGCAGGAAACAUAUAUAGUCAUGUAUUUUCAUUAGAAUGUUACACAUGAAAUUAUUAAGAGGCAUUAAAUCAAAGGUCCCAGUACCCAGUGUAUUUUAUAAAUACACCAGUGGUGGUUUGGUGAAUGAAUGGUAUGGAAAGUUGGUUCUGUGUUUAAUGAUGAUACAUAGUUUUUAGGCAUAAAUAUUUUAGCCUUGUGCAGUACUUACAUUAUGUAAGUAGUUGUAAGGUUGAAAUUAUAUAAGAAUGACAUCAAUAUACCUAAUUACCAACACUAUAAAUUUUUUUUUAGUUCAAACAUCAUUGAAUUAUAUACGUAGCUUUUGUGAUUAUAUCAACAAUACAUGACUGAGUCCACCACCAGAGCUCAACCCCAUUCACUUGAGACACUGUGUUUUUACGAUCUAGUACAGUAUAAUGGUUCAAACAUCUAUUUCACACGUAACUUUGAAGAAUCUUCCCUUGGGGAGCCAUCCAUACUGUGCUACAGAGAAAAAAUAGACAGAAAAUGAGUAACUCAAGAUUUAUUGACAGUUUUCUUUCCUUCUGAUGGCUGAGUAGUUGUCUAUAAGUUGUGUGGCUGUCCUAUUGUUAGGUAUGUAGAUAAUUAAACAUGUUGCUUCACUGGGUUAUAGCAUCUACAUGAUUAUAUGCCCUUUCUGUCCCCAUUUUAUCAUCAGUGUCAUGAAUCCCACAUUUUGUGAUACUAACAUCCUUAUUUUCAAGAAAAAAAGAGUAUAAAUGUGUAUGCAUAUAUUUAUAUAUGAAGUGACUAUGGUAAUAUAAUUUAAAGAGCAAAAUCUUAAAGAAUAAAUUAAGACCUACAAUAACCCUGAACCUAAUACUUAAAAAAAAAAAAAAAAGUUGAUGAACUUCCCUGCCUUUCGUUCAAGCAACCAACACUGAUUUUUUUGGAUAACAUAUUUAGGUGAAAUUUCAGCUACUGUGAGAGUUGAUUUACUAUUCUGUCAGUUGAAGUCUUUUCAAUUAUUAAUUAGUAUUUGCUGCUUACUGUAGUGGGUAAUUCUCCUUUGAUAUGAGUGUAUUAUGAAAAAAGAGACAAACAGUAAUAAGAAUAAAACUAUAGUCGCACUUUAUAUAAUUUUUUAAAAGUUUGAUCAUGCCAAAUAUAUUUCUGAAUUUUCAGAUUUUAAUACUUAUAAGAUGAUUAUACAGUUUCAGUAAAUAGAAAAUAUAAUGAUCUUAAAGAUUCUAAAGAUUAAGACUAAAGAAAAACAUCAUAUUAUUUAAAUAAACAACAUUGUAACUGCAAAAUAUAUGAGAUAAUGCUUAGAAGACAACUUUGGGGGGAAUGCUGAAACUCUAUGCAGUGUCUUGUCUCAGUUUUGCAUAUGAAAACUCUGAUCUUCUUGACUUGAAGUGUAUUUUCCUUAUGUGAAUACAAUUUGAUUAUUUUUAGAUGACAUGGUCAUUAGGUUAUGUGGGUUAAUCACAAAUAUAUUCAGUUUCACCAGGAAGUGAAGGUAUGUGAGGCAGUAGAAUAGCAAAAUGGACCACAGCAUGAUGCUCCACUACAUGAAUUCAAAUAUGAUUUUAUUAAUAUUGUUUAAUAUUAGAGUGGUUUACAAAAGAAAAAAUAGAGGGGAGAGCAUAGAACAGGCUUCUACUGACUAUUUUACCUCAGUAUCAUCUGUAACUAUUUUUUCCAAGAAAGUUUUUUAUCUAUUUUAAUAAUAUAUAAGUUAAAUACAUAAAAUAUUUACUUCCAUUUAAAAAUAAAAAAAUCGCAGGUAUUGGUUUUUCAAAAUUAAUAAAAUUAUUCAAGACUAAAGUUAGCAUAGAGCGUUGAAACCCUGAUCAUUCACUUCCCACUCUUUUGUUGCUUAUUUUUGUUGCAUUCGGUUCCUAUCAAUAUAUACGCAAUUGCUUAUUUAUCAAAUAAACAUUUGCUAGGGUGUGCCAGAAACUGUGGUAGGUGUUGAGCAUACAAAGUUUUAAUGUUAUCACUACUCUGAAGGAUCUUAAUAUGAUAAUAAAUAUGAAAAAAAUGUGGUAAGGUGCUUUUACUCUUUUAUUUUUGUAUCUGUACUGAAAGGGUUAGUGAAUUAUAUUAAUAAAGUUUGAAUAAAUUCAGAAAUUUUGUUUCUGUGGUUUGCUUCCAUCCUGUAUACUUUACAUAAUAAAAUAUUGACUAUGAAAAGCAUCUCACUCAUGCAGAA